GCCCCGCCGCUUGGCCCUCGCGCCGCCCCGUAGCCGGUUUGUGCCGCGGGGGCUGCUGGGAAGUGUAGGCGGAAGAGGCCCGGUCGGUGCGAUGGAUGCCCUGCACACUGCCGGGAUCCGCUUCGCAGAAGCGCUGCAGUCCGGGCCACCCUGGCUGGAAAAGUUCUGGAUCUCGGUGACAUCCCUGGCCGAUCCCAAAAGUAUCUUCACCGUCUGUUUCCCGCUCGCCUAUUUUCUCGACCGCAAGGUGGGGGUGUCGGUGCUGUGGAUCGGCCUGGUGUCGGAGUGGCUCAACGUGGUCCUCAAAUGGUUCUUAUUCGGGGAGCGCCCGUUCUGGUGGGUCCAUGAGUCAGGGCUCGCCACCAAGGAGCUGGUCAUGCUGCGCCAGUUCCCUGUCUCCUGCGAAACGGGACCGGGGAGCCCCUCCGGCCACUGCAUGAUCACAGGGGCAGCCCUCUGGCCGCUCGUCACCGCUCUGACGGCGCUGGCAUCCAGACACUCCAGGAGCCUGGUGGUGAACCUGACCCCCUUCGGCGCCUACACCCUGCUCCAGCUGGCCGUGGGGCUCUCGCGGGUCUUUGUCCUGGCCCACUUCCCCCAUCAGGUGGUCGGUGGCAUCCUGGCAGGGGCAGCCCUGGGCUGGGGGCUCCAGGCUCGCACCCCGGCCACCUGCACCUCGGGCUUCUUCAUGGCCACCGCGCUGGCCCUGCUGCUCAGCUCCCUUGCCCUGCACAGCCUCGUGAUCGCCGCCGGCAUCGAUAUCGACUGGUCCAUCCGCCUGGCCACCAAAUGGUGCUCCGAUCCCUCCUGGCUCCGCCUCGACACCCGGCCCUUCGCUUCCAUCUGCCGCGACACCGGCAGUGCCCUGGGGCUGGGGCUGGCCGCUGGCUUCCCCCUGCACCGGGGGGAGCCGCUGGACCCCCGGCAACGCGUGGCCGGCGCCGUGCUGGCCUUGGUGGCCAUACAGGGCCUGCACCGGCUUCUCCAGCCCACGGACGCGACCCUGUGGUACGGCACCAGCUUUCUCAAGUACGCCGCCGGGCCCUGGCUGGUGGCAUCUCUCCUGCCCUGGCUCGUCCUCUCCCUUCGCCCGCCUACGGGGCUCCCCCCACGCCGAGUAGGGGUCCCCACCGUGUCACGGUUAGUCCUGCACCCCCCCUCCUGGCUUUGCCCUUGACUGUGCCCAUCGCCGGUGGCUCCUGGCCUGAGCUCAGCCACCGGCUCCAUACCAGGAGGGCAUCCACAGUCCCCCCUUGGGACCACAGGCCAGUUGUUUAACCCUCGCUGCCCUAACAGCGCUGCUCCCCCCCAGGACAGCGGGGACCCCCCCCGGCGUGGGGCAGGCAGGGGGCACAGUGACAGGCGGGUGGCAGAGCUGGGGGUGCCCCGUGCCCAGCAGGUCUGGGGACACGGCGUAGGGACGGUCCCAACCUUCCCAAAUGGCACCACCUUCUACUCCCCCACCUCGGCCCCCUUCCAGCUGCCCCAGUUCUCCCAGUUCAGUUUCCCCCUCUGGGGUAGGGAGGGGAAGGGGCCAGGACCCCCCCAUGCCGGGAUUCCCACUGUACCUCAGUGGCUGGAGGGGCCACCCCAUUUCUAACCAAAUAAAAACACCGUUACCAAUCUGCCAGCCCCCCGAGUCCUUCAAAAAGGGGGGGGGCACGGGCAGGGCUGGGGACCCCUGGGGCAGGGCACAGCCUGGGCUGGGGGGGGGUAACGGGGUGGAUGGAGCCCCCGCAGCCGGGCUGGUCCAGCUCCGCACCCCGAUGUCGGGCCGGAUGGAUGGGAAAGGGGCAGCCCUGUUGCUGUAGGUGGGGAAACUGAGGCACGCAGGGAAACCAUGAAGCCCUGGGGAUGUCCGUCCUGAUCCAACAGGGAUGGGAAAGGGCACACAAAGGUGCCGGUGCUCCUGCCACCACCCCCCCCCGGUACCUCCCUCGGGCCCCCCCCAAAUGCAACAGGACACCGCCAGGUAUUGCCAGAAACAGUUUUAUUUAUACAAGGACGAACAUCGGUAACAUCUUACAAAAUACUCAACUGAAAACCAUAUCGAGAGCGCGUGAGCGGGCGUCGGACGGACAGAAAAGAAACCGAGGCAGGGCUGGGGCAGGGGGCGGACAACGGAGGCGGGGGGGACAUGACGACACCAGCCCAAAGCAAGAUGGCCUCGCUGCUGGGGGGCCAGCACCCCUUGCCCCCCCCCCCCCAGGAGGUGGUUAGUUUCUAUGUGAGGUGUUUCUUCCUCCUGGGAUGGGGAGGGAUGAGGAGGGUCCCGGGCUGCCACCACCACCCAACAGAGCCCCCACCUUGGGGCCAAGGUGUUGUCCCCAGUGUUGGGGACAGCCAGACUGGGAUCACUGCAGCACUUGGUGACACCCCCCCCCCCCCGCCCCGCCACCGGGGCCAGGGGAGGUGACAGGGGACACGCUCAUCCCCAUCUCCGCCACCACCCCCCCAAUUUGGGGACCUCCCCAGAGCCACCCCAAACCCCCCCCGGAAUAACUUAAAACACAAAGCGCUGUCCCCAUCCUCCCCCUCCGCGCCGGGACCCGUGGCCGGUGCCACCCAUUAAAAAAAUACUAUUAAAUAAUACAUCUGUAAUAAAAUUAUAUACCUUUGUUUUGUGUGGGUGGUUUGUUGUUUUUUUUUUUUUUCUCUCCUCUCUUUUAAAGCUAAAAUCGCUCCAAGUCCCCUCCGGCUGGUGAAGUUAACAGGAAAAUAAAGUGGUUUUUUCCUCUUUUUUUUUUUUUUUGGUGUGUCUUUUUUCCUUUUUUCUCCUCUCUUUUAAGAACAGACAAAGUUUUAUCCCAACGAAGGCGCUGGGAUCCGUCACCCAUCGACCCAGGGUGACAAAGGGACGGGGCUCGUCCCCUGCGUCUCAUGUCCCCCUCUGAAACAGGGACGCCAAGGGG